AAACGUCAACCCGCCUACAUACACCUUACCACGAUAAAAAGCAGGCGCAAGUAAAAUGUAUGAAACACUCCAAAGAUAAGCAGAAUCAACUUUCCCAUCUCUUAAUGACCAUUGUGUGAGAUCUAUUGCCAAAGCUGGUCAUUUGGGUACUCUGGUUGCUGCUCGAUCGUGCUAUGUAAUGCCGUCACUGGCUGCAUGCCUGGCUGUGAGGCGAGGUGCUCACACUUCCAACCGCAAACGCCUCAAGAUACCCGCACAGCUCUUUCAGCUCUCGCCCAUCGACAUCAUCGACAACCACCACUACCACCGCCACCACUACCACCACCACCAGUACCACCACUACUACAACUACUACCACUAUCACGAUAGCGUCUGCCUUUGGUUCAGCUCUUGAAUCCCUGAUAACAGAAUCCACCACAACCGCGUAUCGGCAAAUAUGGCGUCCUCCUCAGCGCCUCUCCUAUAUUCUUGCAUCGCAGCGGGUACCACAAUUUUGAGCGAGCAUUCUCCAUCCGGCACGGCCUCUUCCAACGCGUCCUCUCUCGCAUCCCUCAUUCUCCCAAAGAUCACCCACACUUCGGCGCAGAAGCUCACCUAUACUCAUGGCCCACACAACAUUCACUUCAUCGCCACCGCGGCUUCCUCGGACCUCCCGGCGGGCCUCACGUUUCUCGUGAUCUCUCCUGCCGCCGUCACUCGUAAGCUGCCCUUCGGCUUCCUCCUUGAGAUCCAGCGCCUCUUUACGUCUCGCUACACCCCGUCGCUCCUGGCGCAGGCCCCUCCGUACGGCUGCGCCGAAUUUAACAACACCCUCAAAGCCACCAUGCACCAGUUCUCACAGGGCGGCGAGAACGAAGAUGUGGUGGCCAAGGCGCAACGCGAGAUCGAUAGUGUACGCGGGAUCAUGACCGAGAACAUCGAGCGUGUGCUCGAGCGUGGAGAGAGGAUUGAUCUUUUGGUGGACAAGACGGCCGGAUUACAGACGGGUGCACGUGAGUUUAGGGUACGCUCGAGGGGAUUGAGGAGACGCAUGUGGUGGAAGAACACCAAGCUUAUGAUUUUGCUGGUGUUCGUGUGCAUCUUCUUGCUCUAUCUGUUUGUCGGCUUUGGAUGCGGAUUGCCAGGCUGGAGCCGGUGUAUUGGUUGAGAGAGAUGGGUUAUCCACGGAUGGCUUCUGUACGUUACAUAUGAUUGAGGGGUGCCCUACAACUGCCUUUAUUUCGGUGGAAUAAGUUGUUUUCACAUUGCGUUACUUUCACGGGCAAAAAAGGCCGCGGAGAUCUUGAGCCAUCGUUUCUUUCUCCUUUCAUUGUUCUGUUCUUCCGGGGAUCUCUAAUCUCCCACUUACGUGCGCCAUGCCUGUGAUUUUCUACCCGUAUGUUCGUUUUCUUUGUCUUCUUUGUAUUCUUCGUGUUCUAAAUUCAAUAGUGAUUCAUACCCAGAAAUCCAUCAUGUAUGCACGAUGGCUACAGUCUUUCACAUGUGAC